AUGGAUAUGCUUUCCAUUUCCUUAAUCUUUUCAUUCUCUCUAGCUAUUGUCGUCUCUUAUUAUACUAUAGUUAAUGGCAGAAGAUGUUACAAAACAAGAGCUCCAGAACCACCCGGAGCAUUGCCCUUCAUAGGUCAUCUCCACCAUCUACGGGGCAAAACACCAGUGGCGCGAAUAUUGGGAGCAAUGGCUGAUAAAUACGGCCCCAUUUUCUCACUCCGGCUGGGCAGCCACUCCGCGGUGGUGGUGAGCGGUUGGGAGAUGAUAAAGGACUGCUUCUCCACCAAUGAUCAAACUUUCGCAACCCGGCCGAGCAUGUCGCUGACCAAGUACAUGGGGUACGACGGUGCAGUUUUUGCACUAGCACCUUAUGGAACUUAUUGGCGUUAUCUUAGGAAAAUGGUCACUGUAGAACUUCUAAGUAGCCAACGACUUGAGAAGUUUAGUCAUAUCCGAGUGUCUGAACUAAAUCACUCUAUAAAAGAUUUGUAUAUACGAUGUGAAAAGAACGGUGAGUUUUCCAAGAUAACUCUAAGCAAAUGGUUUGAAGACUUGACAUUUAACAUAACCAUAAGAAUGCUAGUUGGAAAGCGAUUUUCUAAUAGCAAGAUUGGUGGUGAAGAAUGGCUAUUCAAAGAAGCUAUAAAGAAAGAAUUAUACCUUAGUGGCGUUUUUGUUGUGUCUGAUGCAAUUCCGUCGCUUGAAUGGGUGGAUAUUGGAGGGUAUUUGAAAGCGAUGAAAACGGUAGCCAAAUACAUCGACAAAGUGCUCGAGAAUUGGUUGAAAGAACAUGUGCAAAAUAGGAAGGAACGCAACAACGAAGGCGAAUUUGAUUUCAUGGAUGUAAUGCUAUCCACUUUCCACGAGGCUGAUAUGGAAUCGGGUUGCAACCGUGACACUGUCAUCAAGGCAACGAUACUAAUUCUUAUUUUGACUGGCACAGAAAGCACAUCCGAGACACUAAUAUGGGCACUCUCUUUGUUACUAAACAACCCACAAGCUAUAGAAAUUGCCCAGAAGGAAUUGGAUAUCCAUGUAGGAAGACACAGAUUAGUUGAAGAAACAGAUAUCAAGAAGUUAAAUUAUUUACAGGCUAUUGUGAAGGAAACCCUACGUUUGUACCCACCAGGUCCACUUUCUGGGCCUCGUGAGGCCAUGGAAGACUGUUAUGUUGGCAACUAUUAUGUCCCAAAGGGUACUCGACUGAUUGUUAACUUGUGGAAGCUACAUAGGGAUCCAAAGGUGUGGUCUAAUCCCAAUGAGUUUCGACCUGAAAGAUUUCUUGAGGAACAUAGCAAAGUGAGUUUUUGGGGACAGAAUUUUGAGUACAUUCCAUUUAGUUCAGGGCGAAGAAUGUGCCCAGCUGUGAACUUCGGCACGCAAGUAGUUCAUUUUGCGCUUGCUCGUUUGCUUCAAGGAUUUUGUGUAUCGGCACCAAUGAAUAUGCCUGUAGACAUGUGUGAAGGUCCAGGCAUAGCUUUGCCCAAGGUGAAACCUCUCGAUGUUCUUCUCAGCCCUCGACUUCCUGCAGGGCUCUAUGAAAGUAUUUAG